AAGGGAGGGGAGGAGGGAGGGAGGGAGGAAAGGGGGAGGAAAACACUGAAGGGGUAGCUAUGGAGAUGGAGCGUUUUCCUGGCUGCUUUCUUUGACAGGUGUUGAGUGGGGCAAAAGUCUUAAAACAGAAUCCAGCAUGUACGCCAAAGGUAAAGGAGCCGUGGUCCCUUCCGACAGCCAAGCGCGAGAAAAGUUAGCUUUAUACGUGUACGAGUAUUUGCUGCAUGUCGGCGCACAGAAAUCAGCACAGACCUUCCUGUCAGAGAUCCGAUGGGAGAAGAACAUCACACUGGGCGAACCUCCGGGAUUUUUACACUCGUGGUGGUGCGUAUUCUGGGAUCUGUACUGCGCCGCCCCGGACCGGAGGGAGACAUGCGAACAUUCCAGCGAGGCCAAGGCCUUCCACGAUUAUAGUGCGGCCGCCGCCCCCAGUCCAGUGAUGGGCAACAUGCCGCCCAACGAUGGCAUGCCGGGAGGACCCAUGCCUCCAGGUUUUUUUCAAGGUCCCCCAGGAUCUCAACCCUCCCCCCAUACGCAGCCUCCCCCACACAACCCCAGCAAUCCCAUGAUGGGUCCUCACGGGCAGCCAUUCAUGUCGCCGCGGUACCCAGGUGGUCCGAGACCCACACUCCGCAUGCCAAACCAGCCACCAGGGAGCAUCCCUGGAUCACAACCUCUUCUGCCAAACAGCCUGGACCCCACCAGACCUCAAGGACAUCCAAACAUGGGCGGUCCAAUGAGAAUGAAUCCCCCUCGAGGAAUGGGCGGCAUGGGGCCACAGAAUUACGGUGGAGGGAUGAGGCCUCCUCCAAACUCCAUGGGGCCUGGAAUGCCGGGCAUGAACAUGGGUCCUGGCGGCAGAGGUCCAUGGCCGAACCCCAACAAUAACUCGAUAGCUUAUUCGUCUUCAUCUCCGGGCAACUACGUGGGCCCCCCGGGGGGAGGAGGUCCACCAGGAACUCCCAUCAUGCCGAGUCCAGGAGAUUCAACAAACUCGAGUGAAAACAUCUACACAAUGAUGAACCCCAUCGGCCCAGGUGGAAACAGACCUAAUUUCCCAAUGGGACCAGGGCCAGACGGGCCCAUGGGUGGCAUGGGGGCCAUGGAACAGCACCAUAUGAACGGCUCGCUAGGCUCCGGUGACAUGGAUGGGUUGCCAAAGAAUUCUCCCAACAACAUGGCAGGCAUGAACAAUCCCCCUGGCACUCCGCGGGAUGACGGCGAGAUGGCAGGCAACUUUUUAAACCCAUUCCAAAGUGAAAGUUAUUCACCCAACAUGACGAUGAGUGUGUGAUUCCGUUUUUUUUAUCUUUUAUUUUACUUUUUCAUCUCCCUUUUAUUCUUCCCCUUCACCCACGGUGCGUCUUGUAUUGCCCUCCUCCCUUGCCCCCCUUUUCCUCCUUCAUCGGUGUGGAUCGGCGUGCAGCCCCUUGGAAUGGCCAUGGACAGCAGGACCCCCCUCAAGGGUCCCCAUCCCAACGUCUGUAAAAUGGGUGUACGAACAUGAGACUUUCUUCCUCACCUGCUGCGACCACUCCCCCAUUCCUCCUCGUCAUGAGCCUUGGAUCACCUGCCCCCCUUGCCCCCCAACCCAAAUAUCUCGAAAUCAACCCCAGUCCAUUCAACCAGUCAUGAAGCUCAACAAUGGUGGAAAUAAUAAGCACAGGCCCCCAAAUUGAAUAAUAUAUAUAUUUUUUGUCUCUUGGCGAAUCUUUUGUCAAAUCUUGACGUGUUUUGCUGCAUUUAAGACCUUGCUGGAAAUGGAAAGUAAGCUUUCAGUGGAAAAGAAAAAAAUAUAUACCGGCCAGUAUUUCCUUUAUUUUCGUUGUUUUUAAAGAUGGAUAUACUUGUACAUUAUGAUGACAUACAUACAUGAUGUACCAUGGAUAUAAAAAGCCUACUAGAACAUUCAAAGUUAAUUUGGGGGUUAUCUGAGGCACUUCAAAUGGUGAUAGCUGUGUACUGACUCCCAUUUAACAUGAGUUUAAAUGCGAUUGCUUGAUUCUGAACACAACCACAUCCCAGUUAGAAGAGGGUGUGCACACUUUUGUAACCAUAUUACCUCAAUUGUUUAAGUUGAAAAAAUAAAUAAACACAUUGAAUUAAAUACAUUGAAAUGAUUUAUGUCACAUUAGUGGCCGAAUGAGUUUGGAAAUGAUUUAUCAUAGUUUGGUGUUUUUAUCUUACAAAAAAAAAAAAAACCCCUUCCAUUUGGUCAGAGAUGUGUAGACUUUUUAUAUGCACUGUACAUCCAAGGUACAUUGUGAUUUCCGCCAAGUUUGUAAGUAGCAACUUUGACUUGUAGCAGCUUUUUUCUGGUCUGAGGUCAUACAUUUCCAGUUUUCCCGUUUCAUGCAGUACACAUACCUUCAGUCAAAUCAAGGUUGAGUCUUUUCGAGGUGAGCCAUUCAUCCAUGAGCAGAGUUGAUCUUAUGUGUAAACAUUUAACCCCAAUUGUUGUUCUUUUAUUAUUUGAUGCAUACAAUUGUGCCUGUAAAUCUUUAAAAUGUGUUUUUUACACCCCGAAAUCUGUUUGUUUGUUUUUUUGGUAGUUUCAACUUGACCUCUUUUCAAUUCAGGACUUAUCGUUAUUUGGACUGGAAGUCAAUUGUGAAAGGAGUAUUAGCGCCACACUGUCAAGAAAUUAUUCAUUCAAAAAUUUUCUGAAUUUUAAGAGAGAAAAGUUAAAAUGCUCUGACCAAAAUCAUAAUCUUACUUGAAUAAAGUUAUAAAGUGAUGAAAAUGAAGUCAUAAUAUUCAAACCAUUCAUCUGUGUACACAGAGGGAACUGUUGAGGAUCGGGUCAGUUUACACUUGUGUGUGAUUUUCAGUUUUCAACUUCUUCUUCAAAAAAACUUUGUACUCACACUACCGCAACAUUAUUCCUACAUUCGUUUUUUUUCCUCCUAGAAAAAAAAUACACGUUUGUUUUUUUGAUAUUCAUACUUCCAUUCUCAUAAUAUUCCGUGGUUUCUUUUUUCUGUGACAACUCUCCCCUUGGAAUCGUCACAGUUUUUCUUCACAGCUCAACAAAUUGUAAUUCUACAAAAUUCUGACUUCUGACCCGUACUAUCACAAUUUCAUUCUUACAAAAUAAAAACACUUCAUUCAGGAUACUACAACUUGUCUGUCUAAGGCUUCCAGGGGUGCCCAAACAUUUUGGAUCGAAGAUCUACUUUUCGAUCAACUUACCUCAAGGGAUCUACCCUUACCGGCACGCACACACACACACACAAAUUUAAGAUUUACCUGCUUUAUUUUAUUUUUUAUUUUUUUUGGUGAAAAUGAGACUGAUAAGAUGAUUAGUGUGCAGUGUAUAUUAACACAAAAAAUAUAUUACUAACAUGUACAAAGACACACAAAUGGUUGUUUGUUUUUUUCUUCUCGACACUCUUCGGAUCUACUUGGGACCUGUCUUAGAUCUACCGGUAGAUCAGGAUCUACCUAAUGGGCACCCCUGGUCUAAGCCUUACAUGCACCCUGUAACCUGAUAACAUGAUCAGCUGUCCACUGUAGUAACCGCUGUCCCUGAAAGGGUUCAGAAAUACAACUGCCUACAUCAUAUCGUCACUCUUGUCCCAUGUUAAUGCAACUUUUUUUUCUUAACAAUGUUUUCAGAUGUUACAUUGUCCUCACAUGUAGAAACUUUAUUUUUUCUUGUGUGGCCUUAAUACUCCAUACAUUGGCCAAAGAGGUUCAUUGAUCCAGACUAUUAUAAAGGUGAUAGAAAGUACCAAGUGAUACAUUUUUCCCCCUUGUUUUUGAUGUAUACACCUGUAAGCAUAAUCCACGGAAUCUCCCAUGUAACACGAUUCUUCCUGUACAUUUGGCCCAAUUUUAAAGGGAUAAAAAUGUCAGAAUAGCUGGGUGGAUAUUUCCAAGAUUUAGCUCCCAGAGGAAGCUGGUGGGGGAGACACUCGCCGGUCAACAUGACACUCACCCUCCCUUUCUUCCCUCGAGUACCAUCCCUCUUCAUUUUUUUCCCCUCCCGUUUUUGUAAAUACUGUACAAUGCAUUUUGAUAUCAUGGACAUGUUUUGAUAUGUCAGUCACUACCGAUGAGUACAGCUGAGAGUAAAUUAUUAAUGAAACUGUCCAUGUUUUUUUUUUUUUUUUGGGUGGUCAUAGAGGAGCAAGGAUGCCCGUCGACUGUUUGGCUCACAUGUGGCUGAAUGUCCACAAAAAAAAGUUGUGCUAGGGUACAGGGACGACUAGGAGUAAUCAUUCAAAUCUGACCUCAUGUUGCAGUUUCUAAUAUGAAGGAUUUGUUUGUUUGGGUUUUUUUAGCCAGUUAAAACACUCAAGAAGAGUAUGUUUUGAAAUGAACAUGACGGGAUAAAAAGAAAAAUGUUGUCCUUUGCUAUGGAGUCCUGUAUAGACACGCUCUCAGUCCUCUGUGUAUAUGGAUCAUCUCUGUACUUCUAUUGUGAUGUAUAAUACUGUACCAUUAGGAGUAAGAUCUGCUGGUCAUGUUGAUUGUGGGAGGGGGCGGGGCUUGGGGAGUAUUGGGGUGGGGGUGGGGCAUAAUGGAUUCUCCUGCAGUAUUCAAUAUGAAGCAGUCUGUCUCCUGGUUUGCUUUGUAUUUCAUGCUAGGAUAGUUGGGAAUCUUGUCUUAGGGACGUAGAUGUCUUGUGUAGGUAAUAAAAAUGUUCUUUGUAUGUUUCUUUAUAUUGUAAAGUUUCUUUAGACUGAAAGGGGGGGGGGACAGAUAAUUUGCUUAUCAGAAGAAAAAAAUGCAUCAAUAAUAAAUGUCAUUUGUUUUUCCUCA